AUGGCCGAACCCACCCUCGCCGAUUUGCUCGCCAAGACGAAGACCAUGUCCGCUGAGAUGACUGCCAUGAAGGCCGACAUGGCCUCGAUGAAGGAGAAGUCCGAGACGUCGUCGUCUGGUGGCGCCGAUGGCCGCCGUCCGGAGGGGCCGCGCGAGCAGGAGUUCCACCCGAAAAACAGGAAGUGGGAUUUUCCCCACUUCGACGGCACGUCCGACCCGAUGUUGUUCCUCAACAAGUGUGAGGCCUACUUCCGCCAACACCGAACCAUGGCGGAAGAGCACGUGCGCAUGGCGUCCUAUCAUCUGGAUGACGCCGCACAGUUGUGGUUCACCCAGCUGCAGGACGAUGACGGCACGCCAUCGUGGGGUAAUUUCAAGGAUCUCUUGAAUUUGAGGUUCGCCCCUCCCCUUCGCUCCGCCCCGAUGUUUGAGCUUGCCGAGUGCCGCCGCACGGGGACCGUGGAGGAGUAUGCCAAUCGGUUCCAGGCCCUCCUGCCUCGCGCCGGCCGGCUUGACGAGGCGCAGCGGGUCCAGCUCUUCACCGGAGGGCUCCUGCCGCCGCUCAGCCACGCCGUCCGCAUCCACAACCCGGACUCCCUCUCCGCCGCCAUGAGCCUGGCCCGCCAGGUCGAGUUUAUGGAGCCGGAGCGGCCAGCGCCACUUCCACCGCACGGACCACCGCCUCCCGCGGCUCGGGCCGCCCUAUCGGCUCCACCGCCUCUCUUGGCACUCCCGGCGCCGCCGGCGCCUGCACAGCAGGGCCGUGCCGAGGGCAACCAGCGCCGCCUCACCCCGGAGAUGGCCGAGCAACGCCGACAAGGGGACGAUGGGGCGACGGAGGCUCCGUAUUUCUCCCUCCAUGCCGUGGCAGGCGUGGCCGUGGGCGCCCCCAUCCUGCUUCGGGUCACCCUGGGCGCCGCCACGCUCGUCGCCCUGGUGGACACGGGGUCCACACACAACUUCAUCGGCGAAACGGACGCGCACCGUACCAGGCUCACCAUCCUACUGCGCCCGGGGCUCACUGCCACGGUCGCCAAUGGCGAGAAGGUGGCGUGCCCUGGUGUCCUUCGACAGGCGGCUAUCUCCAUCGAGGGCAUGACGUUCGACGUCGACCUUUACGUCAUGCCACUCGCCGGAUACGACAUGGUGCUGGGCACCCAGUGGAUGGCAACCCUAGGGCGCAUCGCCUGGGAUGUCGCCACCCACACCCUGUCCUUCCAACACGAGGGGCGGCCUAUCUGUUGGUUCGGCAUGGCAUGCACGGCGGCGCCCGCAGUACACGCAGCAACCACCGGCGAGUCCAUGUUGGAGGGCCUGUUGGAUUCGUUCGGGGACGUCUUCGCCGCCCCGACGGGUCUGCCUCCUCCACGCGGCCGUGACCACCCGAUCGUCCUUAAGCCCGGCGCGACCCCGGUGGCGGUCCGACCGUACCGAUACCCAGCGGCCCACAAAGAUGAACUGGAGCGCCAAUGUGCGGCCAUGAUCGAGCAAGGGAUCAUUCGCCGCAGCACGUCGACGUUCUCCUCGCCGGUCCUCCUCGUGGUGAAACCGGAUGGCUCAUGGCGGUUCUGCGUCGACUACCGCGCGUUGAACGCGCUCACCGUCAAGGAUGCUUUCCCGAUUCCUGUGGUGGAGGAGCUCCUAGACGAGCUUCAGGGCGCAAGGUUCUUCACCAAGCUCAAUUUGUGUUCGGGCUACCACCAAGUGCGCAUGAAGCCGGAGGACAUCCACAAGACUGCGAAAGACUGCGUUUCGCACGCACGACGGUCUGUAUGA